AUAGAGGUGGCAAAAAACUAAAAGAAUGAUUGAAGUUUCUUUGGCUUUGAGACGACCCUUGCAAUAACGCAUAUGGCGACUAUACAGAGUACAAAAAAUUUUGAAAAACAAUAAUAGUUCUAGAUCUUGCCAUAACAAAUGCUAUCUUGCUCAAUCCCACAAGGUUAAACACUAAAGUCAAGAUGUCGUCUUUCAUCACCAGUCUCUCUGUCUUUUCGUUACAUCUUCUUCUCCUCCUUAUGGGUUUGUUCUUAAACCCUGUGAUCUCUGAUCCUAGAGGAGAGACGGUCGCUCAGAUGUGCAACAACAGAACAAUGACCCCGCAGCAAAAAAGUCUCGUCGUCACCAACUUCCUCGCCGCUAUGGACGCCGUCUCUCCACUGCUUGAAGCUAAAGGUUAUGGUCAAGUAGUCAACGGCACAGGGAACUUAACAGUCUAUGCUUACGGAGAGUGUAUGAAAGAUCUUGACAAGAAAGAUUGCGACUUGUGCUUUGCUCAGAUAAAAGCUAAAGUCCCUCGUUGCUUGCCCUUUCAACAAAUUACCCGUGGUGGUCGUGUCUUCUCCGAUGGAUGCUACGUCAGGUACGACGAGUACAACUUCUUCAACGAGACUUUAAGCUCGCUAGACCAGACUAAUUGUUCCGAAAAGGAGAUAACCGGAGUAAACCGGACGUUAUUUCGGGAUAAUGCUGCGGAGUUGGUGAAAUUUAUGAGCGAGGAGGCGGUGAGGAACGGUGGUUUCUAUGCUGGAUUUGUGGAUAAACGUAACGUGACUGUUCACGGUUUGGCUCAGUGUUGGGAGCCUCUUACUCGUAGUGGUUGUGUUGAGUGUUUGAGUAAAGCUUCAGAGCAAAUCGGUUCUUGUUUUGGUAAUGAAGAAGGUCGAGCUCUUAACGCUGGCUGUUACAUGAGGUUUUCUACUCACAAGUUUUACAAUAACUCUGGAAAUUCAACAUCAGAUGGAAAUGGUGGUCAUAACCAUUUGGUAGUGAUUUUGGCGGUGACAUGUUCGGUGGUGGCAUUUGUUCUGUUGGUCUCUGCUGUUGGUUUCUUGUAUAGAAAGAAACGCGCCAAGAAGCUAAGAGAGAAUAAGCAGCUAGGGCCACUGUUUAUGCUUGCCAACAAAUCCAAUAUAUGUUUCUCCUACGAGAAUCUCGAGAAGGCCACUGAUUACUUCAGCGACAAAAAUAAGCUAGGACAAGGAGGAUCUGGUUCUGUAUUUAAGGGAGUUCUUCGUAACGGUAAGAAUAUUGCGGUGAAGAGACUGUUCUUCAACACAAAGCAAUGGGUUGAUCAUUUCUUUAACGAAGUCAAUUUAAUAAGCCAAAUCGACCACAAGAACCUUGUCAAGCUGUUGGGAUGUAGCAUAACCGGACCCGAGAGCCUUCUGGUUUAUGAAUACAUCGCGAAUAAAAGCCUACAUGACUAUCUUUUCGUAAGACAAGAUGUUCCACCGUUGGAUUGGGCGAAGAGGUUCAAAAUUUUACUUGGCACAGCAGAAGGAAUGGCUUAUCUUCACGAAGAGUCGAAUCUGAGAAUCAUACAUAGAGACAUCAAGCUGAGUAAUAUACUUCUGGAACAUGAUUUUACUCCGAGGAUCGCUGAUUUUGGACUGGCUAGAUUGUUUCCUGGGGACAAGACUCACAUCAGCACUGCCAUUGCUGGUACACGAGGCUACAUGGCGCCAGAAUAUGCUGUACGAGGAAAACUGACUGAGAAAGCAGACGUUUACAGUUUUGGAGUUGUUAUGAUUGAAGUUAUAACCGGAAGACGUAACAGUGCCUUCUCACAAGAUGCUACUUCGAUCCUACAAACGGUUUGGAGUCUGUACGGGACAAGCAACCUUGCUCAGGUUGUAGAUCAAGUUUUGGGGGAUAACUUCAACAAGAUGGAAGCGUCACGGUUGCUUGAGAUCGGUCUGCUUUGCGUUCAAGCAGCGUUUGAACAACGGCCUGCGAUGUCUGCGGUUGUGAAAAUGAUGAAAGGGAAUAUGGAGAUUCCGACGCCGACGCAACCGCCGUUUCUGGAUCCCGGGAGUGUAUUAGAGGCGAGAAAGAUGAUGUCUCCGACGAUGGAUUCUCCUAUGGAAGAUCAAUCUCAGUCUUCGGGUUGGAGGAGUGACAACAUAUCUGAGAGUUUCUUUGAACCUAGAUAAGCUUUAAGAUCUGUUUAUAUCCGUGUCAUAUGUAACUGAGAUUCCAAUAACUCGUGUGUAACUAAUUGAGGGUAACGUAUGAACCAUGACUGUUAUGUAACCU